AUGGCUUGCAUAGCUCGCAGGUCAGACUGCGAUUCUCCUGGAUUUCCUGUCGAGUCCGUCAACACCACCUAUCCCACUCAACAGCAAUGCAUGGAUGCUCGAUAUGCAAGUCAUUGUGCGGCUCCUUGCAUCAUUCGGAUGUCUGUAAUCGUGAUGAGUAUUGUAGCUUCAGCAGUCGAUCACCUUUCGCAUUCUGCUGCAGUCGAUCUGACAAAAACUCUAUUCAAUCCUAUGUAA